AUGGAAGCAUUUAAAGAACACGUUGGAUUUGUCGUUCCACUCGACCGGAUUAAUGUUGACACCGACCAGAUCAUCCCGAAGCAAUUCCUGAAACGGAUUGAACGCACCGGCUUCGGUGAAUUUCUCUUUUACGAUUGGCGUUAUCUUGAGAACGGCGAACCGAACCCAGAAUUUGUGCUGAACCACCCGCGCUACGCAGAUGCGAGUAUCCUCAUCGCUGGCGCGAACUUCGGAUGCGGGAGUUCGCGCGAACACGCGCCGUGGGCACUCCAACAAUACGGUUUCAAGGCGAUUCUCGCCCCCUCGUUUGCCGAUAUUUUCCGCAACAAUUGCUACAAGAACAGUAUCCUCCCGAUAGCCCUGCCCGCAGAUGUCAUCACCGCACUCAGCCAAGCAGCACAGGACACCGAAGGGUACCAGUUAAUGGUAGACCUGGAGGAACAAUCGGUAAUCUGUCCUGAUGGCACUGCACACACUUUUGAAAUCGGCGAUUUUGAGAAGUAUUGUCUGCUGAACGGACUUGACGAAAUCGGUUGGACCUUACAGUAUGAAGUGGACAUCGCUGCUUAUGAGAACCAGAAUCCCUCAUAA